CGUGGCAAGCAUGAACUUUGUGCAAAUAGAAAAUAGCGCAUAGAAUAGCGUUUCUUUCUGGAGAGCUACAGCACCGCUGUAAACAAUUAAACAAUGGCAAAAGUUCAUCUGAGACCACGAAGAUGUUGCUGCCUUAUAAUUGUUGUCUUAUUAGUUUUAUUAAUGAUGAAAAGCAUGUUGUUUACGUACGAUUUGGGUACAGAGGAUAAGCAGCGAAAGAGUUGGCGAGAUGAAUUUCGAAAUGAGCAAUAUCCCAAUCGCAAUCAUGAGGGCGCUGGCAUGAAUCAAGGUGACGGCAAAUUUAAAGAAACUGGUGCUGUUUUAAAAGACACUAUAGGCAAUUAUGAACCACCACCCCAGCCCCCACGUGAGGGGCCUGGUGAGAAUGGAGUACCUGUAAAAACCAGGCCAGAGGAGAAACCUAUGGUAGAACAGAAAAUCAAAGAAUAUGGAUUUAACCAAUAUGUUAGUGACUUAAUUUCUUUGGAUAGGAACAUUCCAGAUUUAAGAAAUGAACAGUGCAAGUAUUGGCACUACCCAGAAAAGCUUCCAACGACCAGCGUGAUACUUGUUUUUCAUAACGAGGGAUGGUCAACACUGCUACGUAAUGUCCACAGUAUAAUGAACCGUACCCCACCCCAGCUACUACAUGAGAUCAUAUUAGUGGAUGACUUUAGCACAAAAGAUCAUCUGAAACGGCGACUGCAAGAUUAUAUUAGUCUACCAAAAUUUCAAAACAAAGUUAAAAUAAUACGCAAUGAGAGGCGUGAAGGAUUGAUACGUACGCGUAUAAACGGUGCCAAGUAUGCAACUGGUGAAGUGCUGUUAUGGUUGGACGCACAUUGCGAAGUCGGCCACAAUUGGCUCCCACCUUUGCUUACACCUAUUGCUCAGAACAGAACUACAGUGGUGAACCCUAUCAUAGAUGUCAUUGACAACCAGGAUUUUAAAUUCUAUGCACAAGGCUCUGGUGAACCAGAUCGAGGUGGGUUUGACUGGAGUCUCUACUGGAAACACUUCAAUCUUCCAGACUUUGAGAAGAAAAGGAGGAGGUACUCUACAGAGCCAUGGAGAUCACCAGCCAUGGCAGGGGGAUUAUUUGCGAUGGAUAGGAAGUACUUCUUUGAACUGGGUGCUUAUGAUGAGGGCCUGGAGAUUUGGGGAGGGGAGAACUUUGAGCUGUCCUUCAAGAUUUGGAUGUGUGGUGGAUCACUGCUGUGGGUUCCUUGCUCAAGGGUCGGUCAUAUCUAUAGAAUCAUGGGACGUGUUCCCUACUCUGCCCCCAAUGGAAGCAUGUUGGUUAUAGGUGAAAGGAACUUGCGAAGGGUUGUUGAUGUCUGGUUCGAUGAUUAUGCCAAGUAUUUCUACCGCAGUAAGCCAGAGGCACUAAUGGUUGAUCCGGGAGACCUUUCUAAGCAGCUAAACUUCAGAAGAACUCAUGACUGCAAGGACUUUGACUGGUUUAUGAAGGAAAUUGCACCAGAUAUCCCACUCAAGUUCCCUCUACCAUCUGCUAAUAUUAAAUGGGGUGAGGUACGGCCUUUGAGCUCCAGAUUAUGCGUAGAUUCUAUGGGGAAGCGUGAUGGUGGUCGAAUCGGAAUGUCUAGCUGUCAUGGAGCUGGGGGUAACCAGCUGCUACGUGUUACAGAGGAUGGACAGUUUCGGUUGCACGACCAAUGCGCUUAUGAAAAAUCAGGAGAAGUGCAUUUACGGAGAUGUGAACAGCAUACGAAGUACAGUUGGAAAUUUUUAGAAAACACAAAUCAGUUGACGUUACAAGAUAAAAACUUAUGCCUUGAUCAUUCACCGUCUAAACACGAUCUAUUUAUGAGUCGGUGCAAGAGCAACGUAGACACGCAGCGUUGGGAGAUUUCUAGCAAAAAUCUGCAACAUCACUGAACACAACAAAAGAACCAGAUUCACAUUGACAAACCUUCUGCCUCAGCCACAGGUGAAAAGCUACUAGGAUAUGCACAUGUGGGUUACAGAUAUAUAUCUGACUGGAAGAAAAAUUUUCUUGAAGGCUGUAGAAUUAUAAAGCUCUUUUUAGAGCGCGGUGCAAUAAUAAUUUUGAAUUUAUAUCAGACAUGAAUAUUAUCACUAAGUACUAACUGGAAGUUCGUCUCAUAUUGUAUGUAUGUAUGUAUGUACAUUGAUGUAUAAAGUACAUUUUGUGCUUUACAAAUCCAAUUUAUUAUUGUUUGUCUACAUUUACUGCUGAAGCAGUUUUUUUAGGAAACUCUGUUCACAGAUAGUUUUCUACACGAUCUUUCCAGCAAUAAUCACAUAAUAUUGCCCUCCUGUAGUUUUAUAACAAACAAAUUAAAUAUGUAUGUUUGUUUUCAGAUAUUUUUUCAAAUUGUCUGUUUUUGGUUGUGUAUAAUUAUGUUGGUUAUAUUUAUUUCUGAUGUAUGUUGCAUUAUAAAAUUUAAUAAUAAUUUUUAUACCCAUCAUCCUGGGCACUUUAUAACCAAUUUAUAACCAUUCUUAGGUAGCCACAGGUCAUUUAAAAAUUUACUUUCAUGUAUAUAUUUUUUCCAUGUUGAUUAAUCUAUUCAGGGCAAUACAAAAUAGAAGAUAUGAGUAUUGGACAAGAGACCUCAAGAAUAGUGUGCUGGUGGUCUACCAACUGUGCCACUUCUUUGAACUCCCUGUUUUUAAACACACCCACCUUUAAACUUCUGGUCAGAUGGAUAAGAUUGUUUUCCAAAUCCAUAUUAUUAUUACACCAGUAUAAUCAAUGUUAUUUCUCUAUUGCAAAAGAAAAUCAGUGAGUCUUAGAUCUAUUAGCUUACUAUUUUUUUCCAUAUUUUGUUCCUCCUGUAUUAAGCCCACUUCCACACCUUGUGUUGAAGGAGAUGGGCUCCUGAGGUACUACGUUAACAAACUUAAAAUUGAAAUUUCAAUCUUGUUUAAAUUUCUAAGAAAUAAUGUAGAUUAAUUCAGUUUAACAUGUUUUUAAUAAAUAAGUCAUAAUAAAGUAUGGGCAAAAAAUUUAUAGAUGUAUAUUUUAAUUAUGGGAUUUAUAAAUUCAUUGAGUCCGUAAAUGUAAAGCAAAUUACAAUAAUAAACUAUAUAAUAUAUAUUAUCAAUGCAGCAAUGCAUUGUAAUUGAGAGUAAAAUUUUGUUAUAAAGAAAUAAUUAUUAAUCAGGUUUCGAAAGUGCCUCAAUGAAUUGUUAGUUGAAUCCUUGAAGAUAUGUAUUUUUAUAUUUAAAAAAAAAGGUUAAGUACGGGCAUUGGUUAAUGGAACUUUCCACUAAGCUCCGCCCAGAAUGGUCCAUUAUCAACUUGUAUUAAUCAAGCUAGGGAAAAGAGAUGAAUGUUGUUGUAUAUUUUGAAAUCUAUUUAUUGUGGGAUAAUAGCUUAUUGAUUGCAGCAGUAAAAGAGUACCAACAUUUAAUAUAUUGAUUUAUUAUUACUAAUACCUUUUUUUACACUAAUGCAUGCAACAGUUAGUAACAGGUUGUAACAACUUUGGUCACCCAAGGUUUUUUCUUCCUUUCACACACAUGUGAUAUAUUCGAAGAAUGGCAGUUGGUCUUGAUAUCUAGGGUAGGCCUAGCGCGACAUCAUAAUUUAUUCUCCAUUGACUGAUAGCAGUAUGAAUGCAUGUGUACUGAAUAACUUAGGACAUUUUGAAAGGGGAAAAAAGUAGUUUUUCUUCAGUGGUAUCACACUACACAAACCUGUUUACAACUUGUUACUUCAAAAAUAUUGACAAUCCAUAUUAAUAUUUAGUAGAUUUUCUAUCUUGUGGAUCACAUAUCUAAAAUGAUUUCAUGCUUUGUUGAAGAUUUGUUGGCAGCUGCUGGAAUGGAAAAGUGGCCAUUUCCCCACCCUUGGAUCCACCACUGGUGGUUAUGCACUAAAAGUAUUAUAUAAUAUAGUUUUAUAUCUAUAGCCAUUAAUUUUGUUUCUAUUCAAAAUAAAUGUACUAAGAAAUAUAUUUAAAUAACAAAAAUUUGUAAGGAAAAAAUUAUAACUGAAGAACACAAAGAAAAUGGAAUAACUUAAUUUCUUACCUAGAUAAAUAAGUGGGAAUGCAGAAGAUGUGUAAUACCAAAUAUUAAUGUUUUGCAACAUAAGUGCCUUAGGUCGUUGAGAGGUCAAGUUAUUCUUUUUUGUUUCUAUGUAUAGCAUGCAACCAGAAAGGUGCAAAUAUGCAAUUUGCAUACACAUUAUACAUUGUUACUGUAAAGGUGUAAGUUAUAUAUCUAGUCAAUAUAAUUUAUUGACUGUCUAUCAGUGAUUGAUAAUUAUAUUUAAACAUAUCAAUAAUAUUUAUAUUGUUGUUUGUAAAUAUUGGUGCCAUGGUACUUAAAUGUUUUAUAAGGUUGUUUUCUGGCUUAGGUAAAUCAUUUUAUAUCAUGUAAAUCUAUUUAAAAAUUGAUUUUUUUCACAGUAAUAUGAUGGGGGCCAGUGGUUUUGAAAAUAAGAAAGUGCUGUGUUGUGAACAACCUCCUUUCCGCUAAACCCCAUCCCUUAAAUAUUGUCACCUAAGUCCCACAAAUCUAUAACGUAAAUCUGUGUGUUGGUGAACGGUGUGUGACAGUGCUUGUAGGACUUGGAAGUAUUCCUGAGUCUGUUCUGAUUGGUCAUUUGUUAAGUUUGAUUGACAUCCCCUGGAAAGGUUCAUUAAAAUCUAAUGAAGCUUGGAAGGCUAAGUGUUGGAAUCAGUUUCUGAAUGUUGUUACUGUAUAUCAGCCAGUUAUUUCAUUUGCUGUACUCACUUUAAUAACAUUUUAAUUAUUCUCCAAUUGUUUUUAUAUCUUACCUAAUAUUUAUAUAUAUUAUUUA